AUGACCCCCACGACCCGGCAACUGCAUCCCGUCGUGCAUCGACUCAUGAAGGAAAUUUCGUUUAAUCCUUCUAACGAACCCGCCUCCAUACCAAGCCCGCUCAUCCAACAACAACUCUUUGCCAUUGGCCGUAGGCAGACCUCUCACACGCAUCAAUCGUCUCAUCGGUUGGGGCCACCUGCUCCGCUAUCCUGUCAUUCUCCUCUGCCAAAGCUCACCCAGCGCUCAGAUCUUCUCGGUAACCUCAUUCCCGACGCUGUAUUCGUCGUUACGUACAUGGUAUACGUACCACCCAGUGGCCCACUCUCUGCCUUUACCACAAGAAUUCGUUGUCUCUGGGCUCAACGUUCACACAGUGUAGAUUCUCGUCGCCACCAUGCUACCGUAACGUCACACAUACGCAUCGCUGAUUGGGCUCUUGGUCCUCGUCUCUUCUCGCGUGGACACCGACCUCUAUGGCGGAUGGGGGGCGUGGCUAUUGCACAUAGGGGAAGGAGGGAGAGGGCUCCAAGCUUCAGUCUCUGUUCAGCCGAUCGAAAGAACACCCUCAAGCUUGAACGUCGGCAAAGUCGAGACGUUUGA